CGAGUACCCGAGACAUAUGGAACUGGCAACACUGAUUUAAUGAAGGUAUUUUAGCUGCAAUUUGAAGACAAUGUUAACUUGCUUUAUUUUGUGUGUUAAAUUAAUUUAUUUCUUACUUCUGGAAGGAAUUUUAAAUACCAAAUGUGCAAUGUUGUCAUGUAAUAAUUUAAACAGAUGCAAACAUGCCAAAAUAGCGAAUGGAACAUAAUCGGAACACUCAAAUUUAAAUUAAAACUUUCGCAAUGAAAGGCAGAAUGACUGCAUACCUUUGCCUCAAACGACACCAAAUAAAAAUUUCAACUGUCAAAAACGAAACGUCAAAUCAACGACGAAAGUUUUCGAAAGGAUUUCGAGUUUUUUAUGUUAUUUUUACAAGAAAUAGUUUGGAUUAUUUAUUUUUAAAUAGAAAUGGCGAGAUAUGAUAGAGCUAUUACAGUAUUUUCUCCAGAUGGGCAGCUACUUCAGGUCCAAUAUGCCCAAGAAGCAGUGAGGAAGGGGUCACCAGUGGUGGGUAUCAGAGGUCCAAACGUCAUUAUACUGGCAGUAGAAAGAAAGUCGGUAGAAAAGCUACAGGAUGAGAGAACGGAGAAGAAGAUUGUUCCACUAGAUGAUCAUGUGGUGUUAGCGUUUGCUGGCUUGAGAGCAGAUGCUAGAGUUUUGAUAUCUAGAGCUCAAAUAGAAUGUCAAUCCCACCGCCUGACAGUGGAGGACCCGGUCUCCAUAGAAUAUAUAACUCGGUACAUAGCAGAGAUGAAACAGAGUUACACGCAGAGUAACGGGAGGAGGCCCUUCGGUAUCUCCUGCUUGGUUGGAGGAUUCGACUAUGACGGACAGCCUCAUCUGUUUCAGACUGAACCUUCUGGCAUUUAUUAUGAGUGGAAGGCAACCACGACAGGUAAAUACGAUAAGACAGCCCGAGAGUUCCUAGAGAAGUACUACAACGCUGAAGCGGUGGAAAAUGACAACGCAGCUAUGAAACUGGCGAUAAGAACGAUAUUGGAAGUGGUGCAUUCUGGACAGAGGAAUUUGGAUGUCGCAGUAAUAAAGAGAGGUCAGCCUGUCAGCAUGUUGGAGCCAAGCGCCAUUCAAGAAUUGAUAAGUAUCAUCGAUAAGGAAAACGCUGAAGCCGAAAACCGCUGA